UCUCUCUCUCUUUUGCUUUUCCUCAAAGGUCUCUCUCUCACAGUCUUUCUCCCUCUUCAUUUUUCUUCAUCAAUGGAAGAAAAAACUAAGAGUCAUCAUACUAACAAACACAUCCCCAACUCCAAAUCAAGAACUCCUCUUCUCCACAAGCCUCCUCCUUUUCACCAUGUUCCCACAAACCCACCUCUUUUUCCUCCUUCUCCCCAACAAAAUCUCAAUCUUUUCUCCACUAGCAUCCAUUCUAGCUACUAUUAUUACUACUGCUUCUACUCUCAGUUCUACAACACUCUUCCACCUCCUCAUCUCCCUUUUCAUCCUUCUCCUCCAUUACUUCCUCUUCCUCCUCCUGACCAAAGAUUCUUCAACUCAGUUUCCAAACCGCUCUCUCUUUCUCCUGUUGUGGAGAGAAACCAUCAUCAACAGAAGCAGAAUACGCAAUUUUCUGAACAAAAAGCCAACAGUAGAAACAUCAAAGUGAGUGGGUCCACAGAAACAGCACUAGUGGUUGCUAAAAGACCAGACUCUGGUGGUCAAGAUGGCUCUGUCAUCUACCUCCUCGCCAACCAUUUCCUUGUCAAGUUUGAUCCUUCACAGAAGAUUUACCAUUACAACGUUGACAUCUCCCCAAACCCUUCAAAAGAAAUCGCUCGGAUGAUCAAACAGAAGCUCGUGGAGACAGAAAGGGGUAGCUUCUCCGGUUCUGUUCCAGCUUUUGAUGGUAGGCAAAACAUUUACAGCCCUGUGGAGUUUCAAGAAGAUAAGCUUGAGUUCUUUGUUAACCUCCCUAUCCAAUCAUGCAAGAGUUUGAGGAAUUGCGGUGGUGACUUGCGUGAGAAGCAACCUCAGAAGAAGGUUGAUAAGCUGUUUAGGGUUAGCAUGAGGCUUGUGUCAAAGUUUGAUGGGAAGAAACAGAGAAAGGAAGGUGAAAGUUGGGCUCCUUUGCCUCAAGAAUACAUUCAUGCUCUUGAUGUGAUCUUGAGGGAGAAUCCAACAGAGAAAUGUACAUCUAUUGGAAGAUCUUUUUACUCUAGCUCCAUGGGUGGAUCCAAGGAGAUUGGAGGAGGAUCCGUUGGACUCAGAGGAUUUUUCCAGAGUCUUAGACAGACUCAGCAAGGUUUAGCCCUUAAUAUAGACCUCUCAAUAGCAGCAUUUCAUGAAAGCAUUGGAGUAAUAGCUUACUUGCAGAAGAGGCUAGAGUUUCUCAAGGAUCUCUCAAGGAACAAAGGUAGAGAACUGAGUUUGGAAGAAAGGAGAGAAGUGGAGAAAGCACUUAAGAACAUAAGAGUCUUUGUUUGCCAUAGAGAGACUGUUCAAAGGUACCGCGUUUACGGGUUAACAGAGGAGAUCACUGAAAGAUUAGGGUUUCCGGAUAGAGAUGGGAAGCAGUUAAGGGUUAUGAGUUACUUUCAAGAUCAUUAUAACUAUGAGAUUCAGUUCAAGAACUUGCCAUGUCUUCAGAUUAGUAGGACAAGACCUUGUUACCUUCCUAUGGAACUAUGUAUGAUAUGUGAAGGUCAAAAAUUUCUUGGGAAGCUUUCAGAUGAUCAAACUGCAAAGAUUAUGAAAAUGGGAUGUCAAAGACCAAAUGAAAGGAAAGAUACUAUUGAUAAUGUCAUGGCAGGACCAGUAGGUCCAUCCAGUGGGAACCAAACAAGAGAGUUCAACUUGGAAGUCUCUAGAGAUAUGACAUUGCUGAAAGGAAGAGUACUUCAACCUCCAAAGCUGAAACUUGACAGGCCAAGGAGUCUAAUAGAAAGCAGAUCUUUCAAAGGAACUCGAUGGGCUUUGAUGAGUAUUGGAGGCAGCUCUGAUCAGAAAUCUACCAUUCCCAAGUUCAUAAAUGAGCUAACUCAAAAAUGUGAGCAUUUGGGAGUCUUCUUAAGCAAGAACACAAUGAGCACAACCUUCUUUGAACCAUCAAACAUACUCAACAACAUUCCUCUUCUCGAGAUGAAGCUCAAGGAGAUUCAAAGAGCUGCAUCAAACAAUCUACAGCUGAUUAUCUGUGUAAUGGAGAGAAAACACAAAGGGUAUGGAGAUUUAAAGAGGAUAGCAGAGACGAGAAUUGGCGUUGUGACACAAUGCUGCUUAUACCCUAACAUCACUAAGCUAAACUCUCAGUUUGUUUCAAACUUGGCUCUCAAGAUAAACGCUAAGAUCGGUGGAGCCAUGACCGAGCUUUAUAACUCAAUACCUUCUCACAUCCCUAGAUUGUUUAGGCUUGAUGAGCCAGUGAUCUUCAUGGGAGCUGAUGUAACGCAUCCACAUCCGUUUGAUGAUUGCAGCCCUUCUGUAGCGGCUGUGGUUGGGAGCAUAAAUUGGCCAGAAGCUAACCGAUACGUCUCGAGAAUGCGGUCUCAGACACAUAGGCAAGAGAUCAUUCAAGAUCUUGACGUGAUGGUCAAGGAACUACUUGAAGAUUUCCACAAAGCCCUAAAGAAGCUUCCCAAUAGGAUCAUAUUUUUUAGAGACGGUGUGAGUGAGACACAGUUCAAGAAAGUCCUCCAAGAAGAGCUACAAGCCAUCAAAGCCGCUUGUUCUAACUUCCACGGUUACAAUCCGACAAUAACUUUCGCUGUGGUCCAGAAAAGACACCACACGAGGCUGUUCCGGUGUGAACCUGGCGGUCAUGAGAACAUCCCGCCAGGAACAGUGGUUGAUACUGUGAUAACACAUCCGAAAGAGUUUGAUUUCUAUCUUUGUAGCCACUUGGGAGUGAAGGGAACGAGCAGGCCAACGCAUUACCACAUCUUAUGGGACGAAAACGAGUUUACUUCAGAUGAGUUACAGAGACUUGUGUAUAACUUGUGUUACACUUUCGUGAGGUGCACGAAACCUGUUUCUAUCGUGCCACCGGCUUAUUAUGCUCACCUUGCUGCGUACAGAGGAAGGCUAUACAUCGAGAGAUCAUCUGAAACUAGUGGUGGGUCCAUGAAUCCAUCUUGUGUCUCUAGAGUGGGUCCUCCCAAGACGAUUCCAUUACCUAAACUUAGUGAUAAUGUUAAGAAUCUCAUGUUUUACUGUUGAGUUAUUAAAAAGUGGAUUUGGUUAUUUUGUCACAUGUUGUUAUUAUGAGUGCCAAUACCAUGCUACCGCCAAUUAUUGAACCUG